AUGUCUGGCCAAUUUGCCCGGCACCCGUUCCUUCUUCCCGCAGCAGAAGUGAUAGCCGCUCUAGAAACCAGCAUCGAUCAUGGCCUCAGCUCAACACAGGUUGCUCACAGACAGCAGGAAUAUCCUCGCAAUGAGCUCAUCGUCGAAGGCGCUAUAGCCUGGCACACCAUCUUCAUCAAACAGUUGUGCAACGCCAUGAUAUUGGUUCUCAUCGUUGCUACUAUUGUGAGCUUUGCCAUCCAAGACUGGGUCGAAGGCGGUGUCCUGGCCUUCGUCAUCUGCCUCAAUGUCUCGAUCGGAUUUGUCCAGGAAUACCGGGCUGAGAAGAAAAUGGACGCGCUCCGAGCUCUAUCAUCUCCCUCUGCAACUGUCCUCCGAGAUGGAAAGUUAAAGGUUGUCGCAAAUCCUGAAGUGGUCCCGGGAGACGUAGUCAUCCUCAAGAUGGGCGACACAGUUCCAGCCGACUUGAGAAUGUUCGAGGUCAUGAACCUUUCUUGCGACGAACAAAGUCUUACUGGCGAGGCCGCUCCCGUGGAGAAGAUGACUGAAAAUGAGAUUUUCGUGCCCGGCACGGAAAAACCUGCCACAUCAGAAGAAGAAGUCGGUAUCGGCGAUCGAAUCAACAUUGCGUAUGCGACAACUUGCGUUCAAAAAGGUCGUGGCAGGGGAGUUGUGAUUGCCACUGGCAUGAAGACCGAGGUAGGCAAAAUCGCUGCAUCCACCACCAAGAAACGAAGGAAGCCAGGCAGGUCCAUGAACUGGAGGAAGUAUGGAAGAGCCGCCCCCGUCAAAGGUGCCAGCAGGCGAAUCUAUGACUUCUUCGGCAAGUUCCUUGGCCUUACUGAAGGAACACCACUUCAAAAGCGCCUAAGCCAGCUUGCCUAUCUCCUGUUCCUCUUCGCUCUGAUCUUGGCAGUCAUUGUAUUUGGCGUGAAUCGCUUCACAAUGUCCAACGAAGUCAUCAUAUACGCCAUAUCCCUUGGAAUAGCUAUUAUCCCUGAAAGCCUGGUCGCAGUCCUGACUCUCACCAUGGUGGUGGCAACCACCGUGAUGACCAAGUCUAAUGUAGUAGUCAGUUUUUGUAAUAGAGACCUCAGUGCGUUGGAAGCCCUAGGUGGCGUCACAAACAUCUGCUCUGAUAAGACGGGAACUCUCACGCAGGGGGCGAUGAUUGUGCGCAAAGUGUGGCUCCCCCUCUCGAACGUGUACUCUGUUCGAGACUCGGAGGAUCCUAAUAACCCAACAGUUGGGCGGGUCACAUAUCGCAAAGUCCCUCUUGAAGCCCCCAAGCCGCCAGGUGGCGACAGAGACUUUGAUCAUGAAAGAAGUGCUCCUGCGCUCAAGUUCGACGUUCCAGACGAGAAGGCUGGUUCGCGAAAGACGGAGGACGCCGAGGAGGCAGAGGCCGAGCCAAACCCAGCCCUACAUGCAUUUCUCCUUGCUGCCUCCCUCUGCAAUCUGGCGACCGUCCGCUACGAUGAGCAUCAAUCCCAAUGGCACACAACAGGUGAGCCGACAGAGAUCGCUUUGCAGGUGUUCUCGCACCGCUUCGAGGUACGGAAGAAGCAGCUUGAAUCCGCUGGUUGGAGCCAGGCGGCAGAGUUCCCCUUCGACAGCAGUAUUAAGCGCAUGUCAGUCAUAUACAACGCCCCCGAGGGGAAUCCUUUCGGCGUCAGCUCUUCCCACAGCCUAGUCUAUACCAAAGGCGCUGUAGAGCGGGUCCUGGAUCUCUGCUCUACCGUUGGAGUUGGCGAAGACCAAUGCCCUUUGACUGAUGACCUGAAAGAUAAGGUCCUGGCGCAGAUGGACAGUCUUGCCUCCCAGGGACUCAGGGUUCUUGCUAUCGCAAGCCGGGCGUGGGAUGGGCGCUUCAAGUCCAUCACUGCCAACACGCAGGCGAAUGAUGAUACGAUGCGCAGCCAAAUCGAGAGCGAGUUGACUCUCCUGGGUCUCGCUGGUAUCUAUGACCCACCGAGAAGAGAGACCACGCCCGCCCUUGCAGAGUGCGCCAGUGCUGGAAUCAAAGUCCACAUGCUGACCGGCGAUCAUCCUGCCACAGCUACGGCGAUUGCUAAAGAGGUGGGCAUCAUUCCCCGGAACUUGUCGAUCCUGCCGCCUGCAGUGGCCAAUUCAAUCGUCUUCAAGGCGACAGACUUCGACAAGCUUUCUGAUGCAGAGGUUGAUGCUCUGGACGAGCUGCCGCUGGUGAUCGCGCGCUGCGCCCCGGAUACCAAGACGCGAAUGAUAGAGGCAUUGAGAAGGCGCAGAGCCUUUGCAGCCAUGACGGGCGACGGUGUGAACGACGCACCAAGCCUUUCCAACGCAGACGUCGGUAUCGCCAUGGGCAGUGGCUCGGACGUGGCCAAGUCGGCAGCCAAGAUUGUGCUCACAGACGACAAGUUCAACUCGAUCGUUGCGGCCAUCAGAGAGGGGCGCAGGAUGUUUGACAAUAUUCAGAAGUUCAUCCUGCACCUACUUGCCUCGAAUGUGGGGGAGGUGGUGCUCCUGAUUGUUGGCCUGGCGUUCAAGGACGCGUCUGGGCUGUCCGUGUUUCCCGUCAGCCCGCUGUCCAUCCUCUGGAUCAAUAUGAUCACGUCGUCCUGCCCGGCGUUUGGGCUCGGCCGCGAGAAGGCCUCGUCCGACAUCAUGCGCAAGCCACCGCAUUCCAAGGGAAUCUUUACCUGGCAGGUGAUCGUGGACAUGAUCGUCUACGGCACGCUGAUGGGGGCCUGCUGUCUCGCGACCUUCAUCAUCGUCAUCUACGGUGCCAACAGCGGGAACUUGGGCUUGGAUUGCAACCGCGCCUUUUCUGAAGCGUGCAGGCCUGUCUUUCGCGCGCGGGCGGCGGUCUUUGCGGAGCUGACGUGGCUGAUUCUCAUCUCGGCGUGGGAGUUCAAGCACCUCCGUCGGUCCAUGUUCGUCCUGUACCCUGAGAAGGCAGGCAUCGUGCAGUUCUUGCGUGACAUGUACGACAAUAGGUUCCUCUUCUGGGCGGUGUUCGCUGGCGCCAUGUCGGUGUUUGUGACUGUCAACGUGCCUCAGCUCAACACAAAUGUCUUCAAGCAUGCGCCCAUCACCUGGGAAUGGUCGCUGGUUGUGGGCUUCACCGUGCUCUACGUGACCGGCGUCGAGACGUGGAAGGCUGUCAAGCGGAUCUAUGGGAUCCUGGAUGAUCAUGCCGUCGUGCACGGCUCCUUCAGCCAGGGCAGCGUCGAAGGACGAACCAUAUCGUCGGUGAUGAGCUUUUCGAGCCUGAGGCAAUGGGGGAGUUUCAGGAGGAAGGAUACCGGUGACACAGCGUACUCUGGCGAGGGGCAUGCUUUGAGAAGGUAG